UGUCCGGUGGAGCAUACGGGUUCAUGUUUCGGUGUGGGCACUGGAGAGGGAGGAAGUGAAUAAUUUAAAUGUCUCAAAUAGCGAAAAGAGACGGAAGGAUACGGCAGCGGGUAUUGUCUGACACCGGGAGGGUUUUUUUUUUUUAUUUAUUUGUAUUUGUAUUUUUUAAUGUUAAUGCUGUCAUGUCAGUUCUCAGUCGUGCCUUUGUUUACUAACGCUCGGUGCUUUAUAAAGUAGAGACAGAGACGUUACGUGACAUUUCCAUUAACGCAGAUUGUGAGGUGUGUUCGGCUAAUUAACAGGCUUGUUUAUUAAACGGAUAUCCGGUUAUGGUGCUUUAUCAGACAUAAUCUCAGUUUUUUGUACACAAAGAAGAUUAACGGUGUGCGUCUUCUGGGAAGAGACCGGAAUAACUCGUAAAAAAGAAAAAAAAAGCGCUGUGUGGUUCGUUUUACUAGUCGAGUGGAUGGUGAGAUGGCAACAACAAUAACAGCACCAACAACAACAAAAGGAUUGACCAGUGAAGAGACAGACACGACAAACAGCGCCACAUUAUCUACAAUGGCAGCAUCUUUAGCUUUAAACAACAGGGUUUACUCUCUGGACGACUUCGAUACCGUGGCCACCGUCGGCACGGGAACGUUUGGCAGGGUUUUUCUGGUCAAGGACAAAAAGACGAGGGAAUUCUUUGCCCUGAAGGCCAUGAAGAUCCCAGACGUCAUCCGAUUAAAACAGGAGCAGCACGUUCAUAACGAGAAGGAGGUUCUGACAGAGGUGAACCAUCCCUUCCUCAUCAGGCUGUUUUGGACGCACCAUGACGAGCGAUUCCUGUACAUGCUAAUGGACUACGUGCCAGGCGGCGAGCUGUUCAGCUACCUGCGCAAACGCGGCCGCUUCAGCAACAGCACCGGACUCUUCUACUCGGCAGAGAUAGUGUGUGCCAUCGAGUACCUGCACUCCAAAGAAAUUGUCUACAGGGACCUGAAACCUGAGAACAUCCUCCUGGACAGGGAGGGCCACAUCCGCCUCACCGACUUCGGCUUCGCGAAGAAACUUUCAGAUAGGACGUGGACUCUGUGCGGCACGCCUGAGUAUUUAGCUCCAGAGGUAAUCCAGAGUAAAGGUCACGGCCGGGCGGUGGACUGGUGGGCUCUGGGGGUUCUCAUUUUCGAAAUGCUUUCUGGGUACCCGCCGUUUUUUGACGACAAUCCCUUUGGCAUCUAUCAGAAGAUCCUGGCAGGAAAACUGGAGUUUCCACGGCAUCUGGACUUCUACGUAAAGGAUCUCGUCAAGAAGUUUCUGGUGAUUGACCGAGCGAGAAGACUUGGAAACAUGAAGAAUGGAGCAGAAGAUGUGAAAAAGCACAGGUGGUUCAAGACUGUAGACUGGGAUGCAGUGCCCAAUAGAAAACUAAAGCCCCCCAUAGUUCCUAAGGUAUCUCACGAAGGCGACACAUCUAACUUCGAAGCCUACCCCGAGGACGAGUGGAAAAAAGAGACUCCGGUGUCUCCAAAGGAUCUGGAGAUUUUCAAGAACUUUUGAAAAUGGAAAAAGAGGGAUUUAAAGUUUCCCUCCGCUGCUGCAAUGUAUCCAUUCCACUACGGUGGCCAGCCUCAGCCUGCUCUUCUGUCAUCUCGUGAUUGACAACACAAGGGAACGAUUGGCCAUCAUGUUUACCCUCCCCAUCAUCCUCAAGAACAAGUGUGGAGAGAAGGAAGCGCUAUUUAUUUGUGUUUCUCCGAGUCUACUUGUUUUAUGCAAAAAAAAAAACCACACACACACAUACACACCAGAGGUGUCUAAGCCAAGAACACCACCAAUAGUCCGAUACAGUUUACGUCAACGUAAGCGCUUUCGGGGAAAAAAUUACUUUCGGACAUGUUCGUUGUGUGGCUCUGAAGUCAUGUGAGAUGGAAAGCCAGAGGACCCAAAGUGUUACACUUUUUAAAUGUCCGGACGGUUUGUUAUACGUCCAGCUUUGCUUUUAUUUAAAAGGUUUUUUAUCAUAAACCACAAGUAAUAAGACGAACAUGAUGUCUUAAAGUAGGGAUGCAUCAAUACCAUUUGUUUUUUGUUUUUUUUUCCAAACCAAAUACAAGUACAUGUUUUUAGUGCUUGUUGAUACCAAAAUGAAUCCCCUACUUCAUAUCAAUCAAUCAGGGACAUCACAGAACUUUAUAUUCAGUUCUGUUUCAUUUUCCCCGGUUUAAAUGCCCAGGGUGUCCCAAAAAAAUGGACGUCCACGUCUCGGUUAAGAAGUGGAUUCCUGUCUUUUUGAAUUUGUUAAGUUUGGCAACAGUGUUCUGUGUGUGUGAUGUGUUUGUCGUGUUUCCUGUUAAAGUCCAUCGCAACCUUGUGACCGCUUCCUGAUCCAGCCAUGAUUUUUUUUUUUUCAAUAUGUUCUGUUGUCAAGUAUAAAAACUUUUGGAAGGCAUUUUGCUUAAAAAAAAAAAAAAAAGUGUUAAUUUACCGUGUGUGUGGAGACUUUUGGGACACCCUGUAGCGUCCAAGAAAAGUGCACAAGUGCGUGUUCAUGCCCUUGGACUGCUAGACUCAUUCUUCAUAAGAGAGUUCACUUUAAACGACCUGCGUUCGCUAGUUACAUUAGAUACCUUGGGUCGUGUAGGGUUGCAGCAGGUUUUGUUUCGCUUUGGAAAUGCACAUCCUUACGUAUGUUCUUGGUUCCAUCGCGUCAGAAUCCCUUUCUGCUGAGGACCGAGAGUGGGCGAUCAUCAUUAACAAUACACUGGAUAAGAGCUGAGAUUUUCUCUCGGCUAGCUUGAGUUGUAUGUUUUUGUUGUAGGAUGAUGCUGUCGUUCUUCCUUUUGCUAUUUUCAAAGAGCACAUCUUGCUGUCUGAUUUUGCUUUGAUCGAUCAUUAUUCGUGAAAUACAUCAAGAUCGCUGUCUUUGUGUCGUCUGUUCAUUAAUUCAACACCACUGACUUGGUGGCUUAUAGUAUCACCUGGAAUUGGAGCACAAGGACAAGUAAAAGAGCACAGUAUCUGACUGAUAUCAGUGUCUAUAUCGAUGCAUCCCUAUCACGAACUCUACCAAAUUUAGGUCAAAAAUGGGCCAUUUUUACUAGUUACUGUGACAUGGUGCUUUUUGACUUUUAACUAGUAGCUUUUGUUUUGUGUUGAGGUUUGCUGCACCUUCAGGAACAUGAGACGUCCUCCUGCUCCUCUUAUGAAGCCGUGUCCUCGUUAUCUCUUGUAAAUAAUUGCAUGUACGUAACUAAACUUUUAGCACUUGCCUAAGGUGGCCUUAUAUUAGGAUGUGUAAAUUGACGCGUAGUCUCUUUGUAGAAAAAAAAAAUGGUAUUGGUGUGUUGGCUGGUGCGGUCAAUUCACUUUUUUACUGUGGAAUAUAAAAACUCUGUAUAGAUACGUGAGAACUAAGUUUACUGUUAAAUUAUUAGUGUGUGUGUGUUUCCAAAUCAAGUUCUUCCUCUCUUUCUUCUUCUUGUCGUUCAUGAGUGAACAAAUUCACACGUUUUCUACAGAGGUUGCGUGACUGCUAAUUCUUAACUAGCAAAAAAGGCACCAACUAUUCAUCUAGGCCGUAGUUAAAGCACAAACCGUUUCAGGACUUCGUUAUUUAUAGGCUGUUUGAUUUGUGCAGUAAAGAACGUGUCAACAAAUUACAAGUUAUAGCAUUAAUGCUUCUUAGGCUACGAUUCACUUCAGCAUUAAUGCUGUCUUAGGCUACGAUUCUUGCGAUGAAAGUAAAUAACUCGGUGCAAUAAAUCGGUGCAAAAGAGUACAUCUGUGUAUCAUAGUACAGUAUUUAUGGACGGACCAGUUCUUAAAAUGUACAAGAUGGCGGCUCGGCUGAAAUGGUCGACUCUGGAACAGAGAGAGUGCAGCUUAAUGGUGGUUGGAGGAUGUGAUGUGUACAGCAGCCUUAACAGCAUCCGAAAAGAAGUCUCUUUGAGCUGGCUUUCGUCGCCGAACUGACUAUAAACUAGCUAAGUGGGAUUGGAUAGUGAUGUGCAAAAAUAUAAAUAAAGGAGAGGAGUGGGGGUUUUAAAAAAAAAAAAAAAAAAAAAAAAAAAAACACCACUUCAUGCAGAGUGAUAUCAAAGUGUUAAGUCCAUUAAAGCAAAAGAAAGAAAAACUUUUCCCAGUGCAUUUGACUGUAGACUUGUAUAUUUACUGUAGGUACAUCUAUCCAACGUCUCCUUACCGUCUGCCUCUGUUUUAUUUAUUUUUUUUUUUUUGUUGUUGUUGUUUUUUUUUCCAUUGCCCCAACUAGUCAACAUUCCCACUGCAGCAACUAGUAAUUUGUUAGUUAACUAGUCUAUGCAACCCAUCAUACAUUACCAGUCAACAGUUUGGGCAAAAUCGUUUUAUAUUUUAAAUUCUUAAAUUUGAAGCUUAAUGAAGCUUUACACACUCUUGCCAUCUUCCCAACCAGCUUCAUGAGUCGUUUUACCCAGGAAGCUUUUCUUAAAAGUUCCCACAUAGCCCAUAAGCUCCUUCCUGCUUAAAAUGGAAAAACUACUUGUUUGGGGAAAUGUAAUUUUAAAUCAAAUAAAUAAAUAAAUAAAUAAAUAAAUAAAUAAACAACCAGAUUAUUAAAAAAUGCAUUCGAUUCAAACAUAAAUUUAUACGUGUUAAUUAAAUAGAAACAAAUUCGAAGCAAAAUGCCUUGGUGACUGCUGUAAACAUACUUCUUCAGUGUCCUAAUGUUUGACUGGUAGUGUGUACCGUGUAUAUUCAUCAUGAAAGUAGAGUAGAGUGAGGGGGAAAAUAUACACAGGACAAAUCACAGAACGUGACAACUGGAUCUUCCACUACAUAUCCACCUAAUCCACUGCUAGAAGGUUCGACAGUCAUAACUAUGGCAACUCCAAAAUAUUGUGCCCAACUCUCUGAAAGAAAAAGAAAACUCUGAUUGUUGCAUAAAAUCUCCGAGUGUAGAGCUUUUAGCUCGGAGUACACACAUGACCUCUGGAUUUUAAUGUUCAGCAACCUUUUAAUGCUUGAUCAGUACAGAAAUACGAAGCAUAUCAAUGGAGAUAUCUGGGUGCUGCACGUUGUGAACGAAUCUGUAAUACUACUACACUGUCUCUUGCAUGUCUUAGACAUGUUGCUGGUUGUUUUGGUUUUUUUCUUUUGUUUUUUAUUUUAUUUAUUUUUUAUAAAGCAUCUACCGUUCUCAGCUUUUUACCUCUUGAUGUCUUUUACUACAGUGGAAGUCCUAGCAAUAUUUAAGCUCUAUGAACUUAAAUACUGCUUUAAAUAAAGCAUAGUGCAAAUUUUUAUACGGAUUUUUUAAUGAUGUUUUUUUUUUUUUUCUGUUCUUUAGUUAGACAUAUUUGGUUGUUUUUUUUCCAAACUGUGCAUUUAAAGUGGUGCAAGUGCAGUGUUACCUGCUGUUUACGAGCGCUAAAUACCAGAACAGAAUAAACCUUUCAUGUGGACAGUGGG